UAUGUGAGACGAGUUUCUAAUGGACCCCAAUGACGGCUAAAUUAAAGGCCUGAAACGUUUUCGAUAUCCAAGUAGGAAAACAUUAGGUGCAUUUGUUCAUCUCGGGACAAAGUGUAGGGAAAUGCCGAAAGUCAAGAGAAGUCGUAAGCCGCCUCCAGACGGCUGGGAACUAAUCGAGCCUACUUUGGAUGAGCUGGAUCAGAAAAUGAGAGAAGCUGAAACUGAACCUCAUGAGGGAAAGAGAAAAGUCGAAGCUCUUUGGCCAAUUUUCAGACUGCAUCAUCAGCGGAGUCGAUACAUCUACGACCUUUUUUUCAAAAGAAAAGCCAUCAGCAGAGAGCUGUAUGAAUAUUGCAUAAAGGAAGGCUAUGCUGACAAGAACCUGAUUGCCAAGUGGAAGAAGCAGGGCUAUGAGAACCUGUGCUGCCUGCGUUGCAUUCAAACACGAGACACCAACUUUGGGACUAACUGCAUUUGCAGAGUUCCAAAGAGCAAACUGGAAGUUGGAAGGAUCAUUGAAUGCACCCACUGUGGAUGCAGAGGAUGCUCUGGUUAGAUGUGGAACAUCAAGACUUGCCUGGCCUCCAUCGUUGCUAUCGCACGUCUCAGUCACCUGCUACAGAAACUGUUCUUUAUUUUGAUCAACAUCAUUCCCAGCAAUCAUUUUAGGGCUCUGAAGUAUACUGAGAGUGGCCUUUCUGUAUUCAUUAGUUGCUUUUCCCAUGUUCUACUGUCUAAACUCAUCUUCAAUUCCUCUGAGGAGGAAGUUGUCUUCAUGCUCUUUAAGUUGUGAUGUAUGUUUUAUUUCAUUCAGAGGGUUAGGUAGUGUUGUUGGUUUUUUUUUAACUUCUUGUAAUAAUUGGAAUAAAACAAUUCUGAUUGACUUCC